AUGCCCAGAAGAUAUAACCACCUGGACAGCAACCACUUUAGAGGCAAAGGACAUGUCUACUUCGCAGUGGAAGAAGCUCUGGGUAUUGGGCUUUUCAUUUUGGUGCUGGCAAUUUUACUUGCCUUUGGCUGCUGGUAUUACAAAAAACGUAGUGGCUACAAAAGUCUGCGGAGCAAAAGCUCUAGUGUGAGCACAAUACGACGCGUGGUAGGUGAGGGAGAAAUACUGGACUGCAAAAUGGCUCUGCAGGACUACAGAGACUUUAAUUCUGUGGUACCUGAUGCUCCACCAGCUUAUGACAAAAUUGCUGCAGAUCAGUCACCACCACCUUAUUCACCAUAA